UUCUUUUUCUCACCGAGUAACUAAUAAUACUCCACCAGCCAAAGUUAGCUGUCCGACUUAAUUGGUCAUAAUAUAAUUAGUGUUUAGUACAAAGUAUUUAAAGGGUCGGAUAAAGCUCGGGCUGGGUGGGACAAUUCUCUAGAGUGUCAAAACUUCAGCGUUUGUUAAACCGGUGAAAAGUGAAAGGGGAAAUUAUUUCAUCAGUUUUCACUCACGCUGAUGAUAAUAAUUAAAUAGUUAGUUAGCUAGUUGAUAAAUCGUGAACAGCUAGAAAUUUUUACCGGUCUGGUCGUCGUGAUAAAGAAAGUUUAAACAGGGAUACUUAAAAAUCACUUCUUCUUUCUUUAACUUCUCAAAAGUUACAUUGAUCACUUAUCAAGAUGCAUCAACUAAGAAAAGGUGUGGAACGUUUGUGCUCAUCAUCGUCUAGUCGUCUACGCCAAAAAUUGGGAGAGCGGUAUGCUACAUCAAAGUCGGGGAAUGAUUCCCCAGUGGCAGCGAAGGGAUUGGGAAUGCAAAAGUCAUCUGCCUCGACAGCAACUGCGGCAGCUCAAGUGGACAGGUCAGGUGUGCCAAUAAGAGAGUCAGAAAACCGUGUGAAAGGGGUUCCGUUGGACGUACCGUUUCCUGGAAUGUCAAACAUCAGUGCAGCCCCCACGGCUCAGUUGGAGCGAGCCAUGGCUUUUCAAACGGAAGUCACAACUCUAGAGAAUGGGUUGAAAGUCGGCAGUUCGCUGCGGUUUGGUAAAUACUGCACUAUUGGGAUAACUAUCAAGUCGGGGUCUCGGUAUGAAACUGGAUUUACAAAGGGAAUCUCUCACAUCUCAGAAAAACUUGGGUUCUUGUCAUCUACAAAUUUCAAAACGAAAGCAGAAAUUAUGAAAGAACUAGAAAAAUUUGGAGCAAUAUGUGAUGCACAAACAUCGAGGGACACUACAGUUUACGCAAUCUCGACUGAAGUUAACGGAGUCGAAAGACUGAUGCGUCUGCUUGCUGAUGUCGUACUGCGACCCCAAGUCACUGAUGAAGAACUAUUAAAUGCAAAGCAAACAGUUCAGUACGAAAAUGAGGAUAUGCAAAUGAGACCCGAGCAGGAGAUGAUCAUUCUUGAAAUGAUACAUGCAGCAGCGUGGAAAAACAACACACUAGGAUUCCCAAGAUAUUGUCCUAUUGAAAAUGCGGAGAAAGUCUCUCGUCAAGAAAUCUUGCAGUUUAUGAAGACUAACUUCACUCCGAACCGAAUGGCCAUUUCAGGAGUUGGUGUCGAACACAAACUGCUGGUUGAUCUCGCCAGAGAGUACUUUGUCAAUCCUGUUACUGUGUGGGAUCAAGAGGGUGUACAAGCUAAGAAGGAAGAAGAGCUCGUUUCUUUGUACACUGGCGGCGACAAUAGGGUGUUGAAAGAUUUCGGCCAGUUCAAUGCUGGACCUCUACCUGUUCCCAAAUUGGCUCACAUGGCGUUAGGAAUACAAUCCGUGUCUUACUCGGAUCCACUUUUUAUUCCAGCCUGUGUUCUCAACAUUUUGAUGGGUGGUGGAGGCUCUUUCAGUGCUGGUGGCCCAGGAAAAGGAAUGUAUUCUCGAUUGUACACAAACGUGUUGAAUAACAAACAUUGGGUUUACAAUGCAACUGCUUACAAUAAUUCGUACGGAGACUCUGGAUUGUUUUGUAUUUAUGGUAGCGCUCCUUCCGAGUAUAUGAAAAAAUUGACCGAUGUUCUAAUUCAAGAAUUACAUGGAAUGGCGUCAAUUCCAGACCAAGAAGAAUUUGAGCGUGCCAAGAAGCAACUACAGUCAAUGCUUUUGAUGAACCUGGAGUCUCGGCCUGUCGUUUUUGAAGAUAUUGGACGACAACUAUUAGCUCAUGGUCAUUAUAAAGCUCCAACUGAAUACUUAAAGAAAAUUGAAACUGUAACCGAGAAAGAUAUCGUGUCCCUCGUAAAAACCAUGCUGCAGACCAAGCCAUCGUUAGCUGCACUUGGAGACAUUACGAAAAUCCCUGCAUACGAUGAAAUUCUGAAUGGGCAAGGGCACUUAAGAGAACCUUCCAAACUAUUCUUUAGUAGAUAAAUCAUGUUAAAUUUACAAUCAGCCAGAAUUUAAUCCAGUAAUUCUUUUAUGAAAAAUAAAAAAUGCGAUAUACACAGUUUGUGUAUGAAGACAUAAAAGUAAA